GGCGGCGGCGGUGGCGGGCUCGGGUCAAGGGCCUCCAGAUCGGGCUUGGGCCCAGAGCAUGUUCCAGAUCCCAGAGUUUGAGCAGAGUGAGCAAGAAGACUCCAGCCCUGCAGAUAGGGGCCUGGGCCCCAGCCCCACGGGGGACCGGCCCUCAGGCCUGGUCAGGCACCAGCGCACGGCCCCAGGCCUCCUGGGGGAAGCCGGUCACCAGCAGGAGCAGCCGGCCAGCAGCAGCCACCAUGGAGGUGCUGGGGCUGUGGAGAUCCGGAGUCGCCACAGCUCGUACCGCACAGGGACCGAGGAGGAUGAAGGGAUGGAGGAGGAGGAGCCCAGCCCCUUCCGGGGCCGCUCGCGCUCGGCGCCCCCCAACCUCUGGGCUGCACUACGCUAUGGCCGCGAGCUCCGGAGGAUGAGCGACGAGUUCCAGGGCUCCUUCCAGGGACUUCCUCGCCCGAGGAGCGCGGGCAUACCGACGCAGAUGCAGCAAAGCCCCAGCUGGACGCGCGCCAUCCAGUCCUGGUGGGAUCGGAACUCGUGGAGAGGAGGCUCCGCCCCCUCCCAAUGACCUCCCGCCGCCGCUGGCGGCCAUCUUGGGUGUGGGCGGAAGUCUCUGCCGCAGGCCUUAUGCAAAAGAGGGUCGAGUUUCGGAAGGAGGCGGUCUGACCCAGAGCGUGAUUCCCUUCCGAGUGCGCGAGGACCACGGAGGGUCGGCCUCAUCGGAAGCUUUUCCGCCCUCAGCCGCCGGAAGUGGCCGUGGCCCCGCCCCCGGCGCCGGGCUGCCCCAGGCGCCUGCGCCAAGUUGCGAGCCGGGUUAACCCUGACUUCACCAGAGCCCCUCCCUCCGCGGAGGCGCCACGGGCCGCUGCUCGCAGAAACGCGCUAAUAAAGCCCGCGUCCGUGCCGCCCAGUCUCUGUCGUCGCCGGGGGCUGCGCGGACAGGGCGGCGCUGGCACCGACAGUUUCAAAGGGUGCCCCCUUUUUACACAUAGGGGGAACUGAGGCUCAUUUUGAGUGACUUGACCUGGGACC